AUGUGUCAGAAAUAUGACACCUUGUCCGGGGAUCGAGAUGUCGAGCAUGAUGAGCACUUCGUCCUCGAAGAUUAUGACAGUGAGUCAGAAGACCAAAAUAUCUCUUCUAAGAGUUUGGGUCAUAGCAGCGAACUUUCGAUGAGUACUUUAGCAUUAUUGGAGCGCUUCAAGAAGCAGUACUCAGCUCCCACCGAAGAAGAAGAGACCGUUGGAGACGAUGAGCCUAAAAUAUUCUAUUGUUCACGAACACAUUCCCAAUUGGCUCAAUUUGCAAGUGAAUUGCGGCGUGUGGAAAUGCCGCCCAGCUUGCCAAAGGAGCUCAGCGAAAAGCUUACCGAUAGCGAGGCACUUGAAGAAAGAGUGAAACAUCUUUCUCUUGGUUCGCGCAAAAAUCUUUGCAUCAACCCUAGAGUUAUGAAGUUGGAAAAUGCGACUGCAAUCAAUGAACGUUGCAUGGAUCUGCAGCAGCCUGGGAUGGCUGUUGAGCAUAGAUGUCCCUAUCUACCGUCGAAGGACGAUGAACCGCAAGUUCUUCAAUUUCGCGAUCAUACCUUAGCAACGGUCAAGGACAUAGAAGACAUGGGAAAGCUGGGCAAGCACAUAGGUGUCUGUCCUUACUAUGCGUCCCGUUCGGUGAUUAAACAUAGCGAGAUUGUGACCCUCCCUUAUCCCUUACUGCUUCAGCGCUCAGCUCGAGAGGCUCUUGGCCUCUCGAUCAAAAAUCAUAUUGUUAUCAUUGAUGAGGCCCACAACCUUAUGGAUGCUAUAUCGAAUAUACAUUCCGUGACGAUCACACUCUCUCAGCUGCAGACCGCCAUUUUUCAGCUGACAACCUAUGCGCGUAAGUUCAAAACGCGCUUGAAAGGGAAAAAUCGAACCUACAUAGCUCAGGUCAUCAGGCUUGUCAGUUCAGUUGCAGAUCACCUUCGGUCCAUCCAAGGAAGCAAUCAGCCACCGGAUGGUGCCGUGAAAACCUCGGAUCUCAUGGCCGGGAAAGGCGUCGAUCAAAUCAAUCCUUAUAAGCUAUCUCAUUACCUGCAGGAAAGUAAACUUGCAAGGAAGGUUGACGGAUAUGUCGAGUAUUCUAAGGACACGGCGAAUCGACAGUCCCACGGGAAACCUUCAACGCCGGUACUGUUCCACGUACAAAGCUUUCUUUUGCCGUUAAUGAAUCCAUCCGCCGAAGGGCGAUUAUUCUACAUGAAGGACCAGAAUGAUAUUCAAUUGAAGUAUCUGCUACUGGAUCCGACGAACCAUUUCCGAGAGAUUGUGGAAGACGCCAGAGCAGUCAUCUUGGCUGGUGGAACUAUGUCUCCUAUGAGUGAUUACAUGAAUCACCUGUUUCCUUACGUGCCAGCGAGCCGACUGGACACUUUCAGUUAUGGCCAUGUCAUUCCCCCGGAGAAUCUUGUUGCGCACACGCUUGCGCAAGGUGUUAUGGGCUGCGCCUUUGAUUUCACAUAUGAGUCUCGAGAUUCAGAGAAGAUGAUUAUUGACCUUGGGCGAACCGUUGCUACCUUGUGCCAGGCUAUCCCAGAUGGCGUUGUCGCCUUCUUUCCGAGCUACGAUUAUCUGAGCCGAAUAUUACAUAUCUGGAAAAAGCCUCUCGGGGCUGACAAAAACCAGACUAUUCUGGGUCUCAUUGAACGUAAAAAGCCUAUUCUGUACGAAUCCCGGGAUAUGACAACAAAAUCAGACGAUAUAUUGCAAGAAUACACAAGGACCAUCGAUUCUGGGUCAGGAGCCUUACUCCUCUCCGUGAUCGGAGGGAAGCUGUCCGAAGGUAUCAACUUCUCGGAUCGACUGGGCAGAGGAGUGUUGAUCAUCGGGUUGCCAUUUCCAAAUAUACGCAGCGCAGUAUGGCAAGCUAAGUUACAAUAUGUUGAGCAGAAAGCUUACAGUGGGAGCUCUGGAUCGGAGACUGAUAGGCAAAUGAUUGCCAAAGCUGCGGGACGAGAUUUCUACGAAAACGCAUGCAUGCGAGCAGUCAAUCAAUGCAUCGGGCGAGCGAUCAGACACCGCAAUGAUUAUGCCGCCAUCGUGAUGAUUGAUAGGCGCUAUGACAAGCCAAAUAUACAAGGCAAAUUGCCUGCUUGGAUCAAACAGAGCAUGGUGCGCAGUCCUACGCAACGGCCAGCUGGAGCGACUGUGCAGAAUCUCAUCAAAUUCUUUGCCGCUCGGGGUUCGUUGGACUAA